AUGACCUCCAGAGUAAACAUCUCACAUCCUCAAACUCAUUCUAUAUCUUUUCACGCUACAGGUCUGAGCAUCAAAAAAUGUGAUUUCAAAAUCACAAUGAACAAUAACCAUCACACAGAAGAAAUCAGCACUGAAAGGCUUAUGACUCACUGAAAGGUGAGGCAGGGGCAGCCGUUCACAAUCACUGUGAGCUUCUCAAUCCCAAUACAUAAAUACCUGCAGCAGCUAAAGAGGACCUUCCUCAUAGCAGACGGGUAACACCAUUACCAUAACUAUCAGAGCUCUGGAUCACAUCCAUCCAAAGCAGAUGGAACCCAGACUGAACUUCCCGUUGCCAGCCUGGGAGACCAGAAGCAGUGGAGCAGAGCGCUGGAAGAACUGGACCCAUGCUUCUGGACCACCUCUGUGAACACACUUGUCAAUGUUCCCACUGGCCAGUACACUCUGCUUUUACAUCCCUCCAAGUCUUACUGUCUCCUGGGCAAUUUCACCCUUCUCUUUAAUCCCUGAUGCCAAGACGAUGAUGUUUUCUUGGCUAAUGAGGCACAGUGGCAGGAGUAUAUUUUAAAACAAGAGGGUGUCAUCUACUCGGGGACUGAAAAUGCAGUCCUAGCACAACCCUGGGACUUGAGUCAGUUUUAGGAAGAUAUUGUUGACAUUGGCUUCACACUGCCGGAUGUAGGUGAAUGCCAUCAAUGAGACAAGGAUCACACCCAGCACAAGAACCCUAUUUACAUCUGCUGCACAGUUGCUGCCAUGCUGAACUGCGAUGAGUUAAGAGGAAUCCUGACAGAAUGUGGGACUGGUCAAUACUAUAAUGGGACAUCCCCUUCCAAGUGUCUGGGAGGCAGCCCCAUCCUCCAGCAGAGGCUUGCAUUGCAGUGCAAGCUUGUUCACUGCAGGCAGUGCUGGGUCUUUGCUGCAGUCAUGUGUUCAGUUCUGAGGUGCCUGGAAAUUCCUACCAGGGUGGUCACAGGCUUUACAUGGGCUCACAACACUAACAGCAGCCCAAGUGUGGAUGAGUAUUAUAAUGAAGAUGGGACACUGCUCACACACGACAAGACUGCCCAUAUCGGGACCUUCCACAUUUGGAAUGAAUGCUGGAUGGCUCGAGUCAACUUGCUACCAGAAUACAGCAGGUGGCAGGCACUGGAUGCCACCUGCCAGGAAAAAUCUUCAGGUCCAUCCUUCUGUGGGUCAUCCCCUGUUCAAGCCAUCAAGGAACAGGACACAUAAUUUAAUAAUGACGUCUGCUACUUCCUUGCUGCCAUCAAUACCAAGUGCCAGCUCUGGAUACAAAAAGCAGGUGACACCCUCAGUCCAGCCCUCGGUGGCACAAAGUAUGCUGGCAACAUCAUCAGCACCAAGAGCAUGGGCAGUGAACGCUGUGAGGAUAUCACACACAACUACAAGUAUCCUGAAGGUUCUCUUCAGGAAAAACAAGUACUUGACAAAGCCUACAGAAAGGUAAAGAAACUUGAGACAACCAGCAGCAGCAGCGAAACACAGUUUAGCUCCAUUCCUGCUGCCCUUGAAGAGCCAGUUAACCUCUUCAUCCACCUCCAGUCAAAGAGUUCUCUGCUACUGGGACAAGUUGUUCCACUUUCCACUGCAGUGUUUAACCACAGGAUGGAGAAGUCUACUCACCUGGUAGUUGGGGCUCAGUCUCUACAUUAUAAUGGUGUGCCUGUUGCCCAACUUUGGAAGGAAGAGUUUCAUUUUAUCCUCAAAGGCAAUGAAGCGAACAACCCGCAAGUCUUUGUGCCUUACUCACAGUACAGAAAAGUGCUGGGAGAGAACCAUCUGCUUAGGCUGACUGCCAUACUGAGAGAUGAGGACUCCUUCUACAUAUACCAAAAACGUUCUGCUGGGCUGAGUGACUCUCCUCAUGCUUUUCCAGAAAACAUGGCACAGUAUCAGCCAAGCACAGCAAAGAUCAGCCUUCUGAACCCUCUCACCGAACCCUUGGAGAAGUGUGUGAUAGUGGUUGCAGGGCAAGGGCUCAUUUACAGACAAAGGAAGUACACGUUGGGCUCCAUGCAACCUAAAAGUAUUCAAGAGCUGCAAAUCACAUUCACUCCCACCCAAGCAGGGCCCAGAAGAAUCACUGAACAUCUUACUUGCCUUUAACUCCAGAACCUGAAGAGCUAUGAAACCAUUAACGUUGCAGCUGCCUGA